AAGUCCUCACGCCACAAGCAGCUGUCCUUGAAUGCACAGUGGAAACAUGUUACAGAACUGAAAAUUACAUAAUUUAACUGCUCUUUUGGCAUUGUUGAACAAACUAUUCAUACCGGAGUAGUGAUAUAAACCUUCAUGUAAGUUUUCCCUAGCCCAGUGAUGUCAGCCCCUAACUCAAACCAGAGAAAAGCAUGCUGGGGUGCUAGGGACGAGCUGUGGAAGUGCCUUGAUGAUAACCAUGACAAUGCCUCCUCCUGUGAGAAGUUCCAGAAAGAGUUUGAGGCGAGCUGUCCUGCUCAGUGGGUGAAAUACUUCACCAAGAGGAGAGACUUCUUGAAGUAUAAGGAGAAGAUGCAGACGGAGGGCUUUGAGCCUGCUGACGGGCCUAAACAGUCACAGUCCUAGCCAGUAGCCACUGGUCAGAAGACGGAGAGGAGGACUUCCUGGGGCCUCCUGGUUAAGGAUGGACAGCAGUGGACUGUCACUGGACACUAGAGCACAAUCCUGCUAUGCCUCCCAAAGACGACAGAUGCUGGAGGUCAGUGACGUCACACCUGGACCUGGACACUCUGGUUAGAUGUCACCUACAGGCCACAGUCAGAUUCUCAAGCUUCUCCCCAAGUGUGCACUUGUCUUGUUCAUUCCUUGCCUCAGACUAGUGACCAUACCUAUGUCACACAUGGCCAGGUGUGUGGUGAUGUAACCACGGUGACUGCUGUGGAAAGUGCACCCAACGCACUCACGGUUCUACAGGCUUCCUCUGUAUCCCUCUCUGCUCUCUCAAUACAACAUCAAGUGGUUGUAUGUGGUGUGACAAUGCUUUUAUUUGACAUAUAACUGAACAAAUCAACUGCUUCGUGACUGUUAGUCUAACCACUGAAUCAUUUAUUAUUUAUGCUAUUGUCAAAGAUAGAUGCAGAUAUUGUUCUUUAUUCAUGAAUAGACAGUGUGACAUAUUAUAUGCAUGUGAUUUGUUGUGAUUGAUAAAUAAAGAUGACUCAAUGGUU